CUCUUCUGAGAAUUUCAUUCAUCAGCAAGAGCUAUUCAUAGGUUUUAAGGUAAAAAAACAGAGUUUUCUGAUGUUGAAAGCAAUAGAAGAAACCGUUCUGUUUCUCCCCAUUAAAUGGAAUUAUUGGUCUUCUUUUGUUUUAAUUAUUUCUCUUUUCAUUUUGCAGAUAAGAUUUUCAAGAUUUGAAGAAAUUAUCUGUUUGCAAGUUUCAAUUAGAAAAAGAGAAGAUGUCAUCGUCAUAUGAAGGGAGGUACAAUCUGUAUAGUCAGGGUAGCAGUGGAUGGACAUCAAUGAGGAAUGAAGAAUUUCAAGAAGAAGAUAUUUGGGGUAAUGUCACCAAUGAAAGUCGCGAAUUUGGUUCAAAUUUCAGCAGAAGCAAAGAAUCGUCUUCAAAUUUCAGUCCUAGGAAGCUGCCCACUGCAUCCAAAAUGAUUUCAAGAUCAAACAAGAGUUCGAUUCACGAACCUAAAAUAACUCAGUGUUCAGCUCCAGUAAACAUUCCCGAUUGGUCAAAAAUUUAUGGGACAAGUUUGAAAAAAACCUCGUGGCGUGAUGAUGAAAAUGAUGACGGUUCUGGCGGUGGUGGAUAUAAUGAAGAAGAAGAUGAUGACGGCGAUGAUGAUGAAGGAGAAAUAAUGCCUCCACAUGAAUGGAUUGCUAAAAAACUUGGAAGGAGUAAAAUAUCUUCUUUUUCAGUGUGUGAAGGUGUUGGAAGAACUUUGAAAGGGAGAGAUUUGAGCAGGGUGAGAAAUGCAAUUUUAAGCAAAACAGGUUUCCUUGAAUAACAUUAAAAUGGAACGGAUCAACAGUCAAGAUUCAUAUAAUCGAUUUCGAUUUGUUUAGAAUUAAGGCGUAAUUAUUGUUAUUGUUGUAUUAUAGUCGUGCAGAUGAUGCGGUGAAUGUUGAUGAUUACAGUAUAGGGCAUCAUUAGAAGGAUUUGAUUA